AUGGUCCCCGCUGCCCACGACGACGUUUCAUAUCUCGAACCUGAUUUCGAUCCCAACAUACUCACAGUCGCAAGACUCCGGAACAUCCUCUGCGCACACGGAGUCGACUACGGUAUAGCUAAACGAAAAGCUGAUCUUGUCAAACUGUUUUAUCAGCAUGUCACGCCUGCUUCAGCUGGCAUGCUCGACGCCAUGGCUCAUGUGCAAAGGUCAGACAAAGAUAUCACAGACGCAUGA